AUGGAUCCCCCGUCUACGGGCCCUCCUGCCUACCGAAGUGGACAGUACUGGACGCCUGCCAUGGAGUUGUCUCCUCCACAGUCUGAGGGUGGUAGCAGCUUUGAGGAGGAGAAGGAUGAAGCGCCCAAACCGCGUGGAAUGGACCUAUUACUGGCCCCGCGCUCCUACAGCAGCAGCGAAGGAGACAAUGAUGCCGAGCGCAGCGCCGACAGCAGUGAGACGACGCGACCGCCCUCAGUUGAGGACGACGACGAGGACAUGAGCGCCGCUUCAGCCGUCAUGGCUAUGGGUCAGUCUAAGCACAAGAGACGUAGCGACUCUAUCGACGACUUGGAGCUGAGCGUUGAGUCGCUGCGGUUCCUGGCGCAACAAAGAGGCCUAGACACAACAGCACUCAGUCACUGGAGCAUACGAGACGACGGUAAGCUGCUGGACCCGGAUCAGCGCAAGUACCGCAGCUUGAGAGACGCGCUUCGAGCCUAUACGCACUUGAUGCAGGGCGCAAUCCCUCGAGAAGACAUGUAUUAUCUCGCCAUCCUGAGGAGGAAAUUGGCGGAACUGGAGAUGCCACUGGUGGACGGACCUAUCAGUGUCAUAUGUCUGGGCUCUGUCGUCCCGGAAGAACAUUUUUACACCAGCAAGAAGCUGUUUCCGAUUGGAUACGAGACGCUCGUGAAGGUGCAGAUGACCAAGCCAUUGACAGUUGCUUUCCGGCUACGAUGCAAAAUUGUACACGGCAACAAGAAGAAGUCUCCGAUUUUUGUGGUGGAAUUGGAGAAUAGCGCUGUUGAGAUUGUAUUUCGAUCGUACGUGGCGAGUAAAGCGUGGAAGAAGGCGUUGGUGCAUUUCGAGAGCUUGACAGCCGAUGAACUCAUGGCUGUAGUUAGCGGAUCCGUGGUCACAGUAGAAUCUGAUGAUAAUGGGAGACCCGUGGACGUAUUGACGCCUGCUAGCGGUGAGGAUGGCUUCGGUCUGCUGCGAAGAAACAUCACGCGCGUGCUGGAAGGACUGCAUCAAGUGCUUUGGUGCAGAGAUUAUCAGUUCUGGGAGCAGCGACAUCCCAUUACACCCGAUGUGCAUGCCAAAAUUCGCUCACGUUUGAAAAACCAAGUGAAGGAUGUCCUCAAGACUCAAAGUGCGAUUUCCAAGGACGAGAUCAACCGUCAACUAUCACAGGAAGUCUUGUUAGCCGAGCAUUGUCGUGAUCCUGAGGAGGAGCAGCGCCUGCAGCAGCAGAAAGAGAAGGAACAACGCGAAGCGGACAAGCGCAGCGUUCGAGAGGCAGCUCGAAAACUCCUAGAGAUCGAAAUGAAGGCGCAAGAAGACGCGAAGGAAGCCCAGAGACGAGCAAAAGAAGAGCGCAAGAACGCGAUUCUGGAGGCCAAGAUGGAAGCUGCUCGGCAAAAAGAGGCACGCAAAGAAGCCUUGCGACUGGCCAGGGAGGAGGAGAAACGAAUGCGCGAAGAGGAGAAGGAAAUCAAGCGUGCGUUGCGUGAGGAGGAAAAACGGAAGAAGAUGGAGGAAAAAGAAAACUCUAUGAAGCGGAGGAUAGAGGAAUUACGACAGCGUCGUCAGAUGCGUGAGGAGCAGAAGGCGAUCCUUGAGAAUGGCGUCGUGACAUCUUCAUCCCCGAGGCGGUUCAGUGACUCAAGGAAGAGGAAAGCUGUUCCCGAUCCUCAGUCUAUUAAGCAGCAACACAUGGCGCUGUUGAAGUUUGUUGAAGACGAAAGAGAGCGAAGACGACAGAUUCGUUUGUGGGACAAGAGGAACGAGGUGGAGGCCGAAGUCUGGACUCGCGUCAAAGCACGCUACACUCAGAAGUUGAAGAGCGACCAUACCUUGUGUAGCGAUAAGCCGUAUGAUCACGACUCGGCCACGAGUGAAGACACUAAGUUCCCAUCCCAGCUGAUCUCUCCAGCGGUAGAACUGAAUCCAGUACCGGCGGAAUCGCAUGCGGACUUGCUUUUCGUGUGGGAUUUUAUUUCGACAUUCUCGGACGCACUGAAGCUGACGGCGCUGCCCUCGCUUGGCAUUUUUGUAAACAUGAUGACGCUGAGUGACGGCUCCAGCCCUGUUGGGGACGGUGAUCUGGAUGACGACUCUCUGGGUACACUCUUCGCUUCGUUACAUGCGGAGCUGUUAAAGGCGCUGGUCAAUGAGUAUUUCCCGCUACUUCAAAUGGGGAAUACGCUGGAGGAAUUCCAUCGCACUCGACCCAUGAAUGCGUUUAGCUGGCCAGAACUUGCGCGACAGGUAUGUCAGUUGGCAAUGGAGUUCAAGCACCCCAGUCCAGAUGAACAAUUGCUCAAGUCAAUCAAAGGCUCCAAGUCGUAUCGAGAUGAUGCUGUGACGCAGCCGCUGCGUCAGAAACUGCACCGCCGAGGAACUAACUUGUUGAAAGGAGUGCAGUUUGAAGAAGAGAAGGAGGAAGCAAAGACCGAGGCUCCCACCGUACCUGCGAAAAACUCUGCUACAUUGGCGUCAGAUGGAAGCAAUUCAUCUGCAGCGUCAAGUGAUUAUUAUGGCGUCGUAUUGGUUGGCGGUGUGUCGAGUAAGAUCAAGGUGGGGGAGAAAGACCAGCAUCUCGUCGUAACAGAAAUCGUCGCCACCUCUAAUGAGGAUAAAGAGAAAUCGUCGGAGGUUGUUGCUGAAGCGAAGGAUGACAACGCCGAUAGGAUUCGAGUCGGGGAUUAUCUCAUGUGCAUUAAUGGUCAAGAUGUGCGGGAGAUGCCGCUUGAAGACUUUAACAGUCUCGUGAGUGGACUGAAGACUCCCCAUGGAAUGUUGAUGUCCUCAAUUGUCCCUGCCGUGAAGAACCCCAUGAAACACAUUGCAACAACGCAAGGUGCGACGAAGAUGAAGUGCUGUGGAUUUGUGCUCAAGCUUCUUCGAGCAAAAGAGAUUGCGGCUCCUUUCAACCAGCCAGUGGAUGCAGAGCUCUAUCCAGACUACUACUCUAGUGGGGAUAUCACGGAACCGAUGGACCUGGGUACGAUUGCGGAGAAGAUCGAGGAUGAAGACUACGAGAACGAUGACGUCGAGUCGUUUGUUGAUGACGUGCAGCUGGUGUGGAGAAACUGCUACACGUACAACUCAUUGAAGGCGGAAAUCUCGAAUCUGGCCCAGAAGCUGUCUGUAAUAUUUGAGCGGUUGAUGAAGGAGUGGGUGCACACGACUGUGAAUCGCCCUAUGAUUGCUGCGGAGGAAGAUAACUGCCGUAAUUGUCAGACGAUCCACGCGAAGGGCCGGUUGCUACUGUGCGAUCGCUGCGACGCACCGUAUCACACUUUUUGCCUCGAGUCUCCACUAUUUGAGAUCCCCAAGUCCGAGUGGUUCUGCCCAACGUGCCUUGCGGAUCCCUCCUUUUCACCUGAACAAUUCCAGAAGAAAGCUCGCGAUAUGGCUGCUGACUCCAGUGGCAACUCUGGCAGCAGUGAGGUUAAAGAUAGCGCUCUUACCGAGUUGGAGAAGCGUCUUUUGUCUGCGAUUGAUCUUCUAUCCCAGGAAAGCUACUCGAAGCUUACUGUCAGUGAUCGAUUGAAGGUGCUGAGGGUGCUGUGUGAGUUGCUUGAGGAGACAUCAGCGGUGCAGUCGGUGUAUCAUUCUCUCGAGGGAAAAGCAAAUGAUGCGCGAAAGAAGCUGGGCGAAUCACUGGCAGACUUACAGCGCGAAUGGGACCGAUUUGCUCCGCCUCGUUCAUCGCACGGUGUGGAACAGACCAAGAAGUUCAUUGUUGAUGGCGUCGAACAUGAGCUUACGGAUGAAUUACUGACAUAUUUGGAGGACAAGGCAAAGGCAGAACUGGAGUCAAGGCCCCUGCCCAUGUUACCGGAAAGUGCUAAGAAAAAGGUUCGUGGUGAGACUAUUACUGUGAAGAAGGAGCCCACCCCUUUGAAUGCAGAGGAUGAAGACUCGUCCGACGAUUCCGAUGCUGAGGAAGAAAUGAUGCUUGAAGAGUUUGGCGAUCGAUUUUUGUCGUUAUCUAACGAGGCGUUUGUCGAGGAUGGAAGUGGUUCGAUGCUGUCUCGCCCGUUGUGUGCCUUCUGUGGCUUGGAAGAUGGAGUCUUGAACGGUCCACUGCACUAUUGCAAGCAGUCGCCACUGACAUCCCAGACGACUUUGCUGAAUCAGUAUGAAAUCCCCGAGCUUUUGACUGGAGAAAACCCCGACAUGCUGGCUGUGCGAACGCUUGGAGCGAAUGAUCUCGCUGCUGUGGUGCUGGAAGAUACGGCAGAAGGUGUGCAAUACUCAGCUCGCUCUGCGCAAGGUGAGGCUGGCAGCCAGUCUGAGACGGAUGGCGUCAAGGGAAUCGUGUAUGCUGUUAAUGAUCGUGUAGUGUUUGGUAUGAGUCGCGCAGCCAUCCAAGAGCAGUUGAGAACUGCCGCACAGCCGGUCUUAUUGUACUUGACGUCGCUGCCUGGCGAGGCUGUGCGUGCCUCAGUGUCGAUCAUGAAGUGUCAUGGACUGUCGAUGGGUCUGACGUUGGCUUCUCAUGAAUCUUUCAUCUUCGUUCAGUCUUAUCAAACGCCGGAGGUAGGCUUUGGUGAGCUGUCUGGCCAAGUAUUUCCGGGUGAUGUGUUAUUGAUGGUGAACGGCGUUACCACACGGGAGAAGGAAGCUGCUGAGAUCGAGGCAUUACUGCGAGUAGAUAAUUCGUCAGACGUCAAAUACGCCGUGUUUAUGCGUCAACCGUCGAGUCAGAUGAGGAAGGCCACCGAGGAGUGGCAACGCACAGUACACGACUUGGCUUCGCAGCGAGCGAGAGAGACUACGUUCAGAACAGGACUGGUCAUCCCGCAAGCAAGUGGACCAACCUCGUACGACGUGAUUUUCCAAGAUGGUCCGCUUGGUUUGGCCCUGGCACUAGAACCUCGAGGUGUGGUGGUUAAAUCACUGAACGAUCACUCAGACGGUACGCUUGGUCAGGCCUCACUCAGUGGUCGCAUUACACGCGGAGACUUGGUGGAACAAGUGAAUGGCUCAACCUACGGUAAACUGACUGAUCUCUCUCAGUUCACUUCGUGGUUGCUGGGCUUACCACGGCCAUUGAAGAUUACUUUUUCCAGACAACCGCCUACGGGGACCAGUCAAAUUGUGACUCUUGAACAGGCAAACAAACUCAUGGCUGACCUGAUUGCUAACCCGUCGUUACUCUGCAAGCAGCUAAAGCUUCCUAGCUCCAGCGACGUCAGAACCUUCCGCGUGCAGUCUUUUCCACUUCCGUUUGAGGCGGAAAAUCUGCUCGACAGCAUUGGCAUAAUUGCGACGAAUGGUCUGGUAUAUUGCGAACAGCGUCCAGACUGUCAAGACUCGGCUCCCCUCACAGUUGCAGUUGGCGACCUUAUUGUGGGACUGAACGGGAAACCUGUGGCUGGUUUGAGCUGGGCUUCGGUGAAGAGUCUAUGUGCUGAGUUCUCGUCCUCGUGUGCAGUUUACCUCCACCUCACUCCGUUCAUCAGACCCAUGACGAUGCUGCAGGCUCAUGAAUGCUGCAUCGAAAGUGCAAACGUGGCGUGGUCAGAAUGCGGCUCGAUGCUUCCUCGUGUCGAAAAGGCUCAAGAGCUCGAGAGCUUCAUCAAGUGGCUUAUCGUUCCGAGAACUUUAGCCCUGGGGAAAUGCCGACAUGGUUACUCAUUCUAUCGUUUCUUCAGCGAUCAUCAACGUUUGUUUGUGUUGUCACCGGACAAGAAGUGGUCGGCGUGUGCCACGAAAGAGCAACUGAUGCAACUCCUUGCGUACUUGGACGAAGACGCCAGAGACUCGAAGAUUGCCACUCGGAUACGAUGGUGUUUCCAUUGGGUGCUUCACGAUGACAGUGCAAGGCUUCAGUUACAGCAAGGGCUGUCAUGCUGCGAAUAUUCCACCAAAGACUUUCUUCGGGAUGGGCCCUUUUCAAUUGAAAAGGAGGUGCUGCUUGUGAUGGACGGAGAUAUGGAGAAGUAUGAGGCCGUAGUGAGUUACAACGGGCGCAAGUUCUUUCUCGGGUCGUUCUAUUCGCAGCAAGAGGCCGAAAACACACUUCAACGUGCAGAGACUUCAAUUCAGUCAACAGGAUUUCAUGCUGUGGUGGCUGCUGAUGCACUUACCCUACGCAAUGCUCACUUCCCUGCUUCUCUGACGGCCCCGUAUCCGAAGGCAGAAAACGUGGUUAAGCGUAUUUUAUCCCGAAAGUACGAGUAUGGAAGUGUGAUGGACGGACGAGGCGGAACGAAACUCGUUCCCAUUUCACAUGAGGUGUACAAUAUCCUGAAACGCGGUAAUCGAUCGGAGAAGGCGAUGAUGAAUAAUGUGGAUGCAGCAAGAACUGGGAUGUACCAAGCUGGAAUGCCGCAGGUGGCAAUGCCAGGAAUUCAAGGGGAUCUGCAGUCGAAUGCAUAUGCCGCCGCUCAAGCGCGUUACCAAGAGGCGUUGAAGCGGAAAUAUGCGCAGACGGAUAACGCGUAUGCGGCUCAGAUCGCUGAUCAGAUGAAGCGGACGCGAUAUGCAGACCCAGCUGCUGCUGCAAGGACGCAGCAACAAUUUGGAGCUAGCAAUCCUGUUUCGUUUAAGCGCUCGCUGCAGGCGCUAGUGGACCAAGGUCGUGCAAUGCUGGCAGCUUGGAACCAGUUUGCCGCGUCAGCCACUGUUCAAACUACGAACGGGUUGGCGUACGCGUGCUUGGCGAGCUUCGAAGAGGUGAAGAAGGUGGUAUCACGUAUCGUUGUCGAUCCAAACGCGACACCUCCGGACCCGAAAACGUUCGUGUGUCUCCACCAUGCGUUUGUGAUGGGAUUGGUGUGUGCUAUGGCUACACAGGCGCUAACAACGAGUCAGAAGACACCAUCGGACUCUGCUCUGGUAAAGCAAGUGGCGGACGCCUUUGCAACGUCGAUCCUCAGUUGCGUGGAUCCGUCAAAUAUGCUACGUGCACGAGCCUUGAGUGGUUUUGCCGCUGCGGCGAAAAAGUGCGAGCCUUCUCAGCGUGCUGCCGACUUGUCGGUCGAGCUCCACAACGUUGCGAACUUCGUGUUGAUGUUCUUGCGCACUACUCGGUAUUUGUCAGGCACCAGCUUCGACGAUCUCAGCAACUGCCGACCGCUGUUCACAGCUUCGACACCAGGAGUUGAGUCUCUGCCUGCAUCCUUCGUACAGCAGGUUCACCUUCUCGAGAAUAUUCGGCAGGUGUUUUACCGCAAGAUGAACGUGACUUCCAGCGGAUCGAUGCCGGCCUCGACCCAGCCGAUUCCUGUUAUGCCAUCGGCGCCUUUCGGGAUGACACCUGGGUCUAUGGCCAUGCAGACGGGCAAUACUCGGACCGCUCAAGCUACUGACGGCACUCUGGUGGACGUGGAGUUUGGAUUGGGUCCAUUGGGUGUCGUGAUUAACUAUUCGAACCGUGGAACCAUUAUUGUCACGGAGUUCUCUAACGACAACAACAACAUGAUGGGACAAGCUCAGGUGAGUGGUAAAGUGCAAGUGGGCGACGAGGUUUAUGCUGUGAAUGGCCAGAUAUUGGAGGUUAUUGGCAUGGAAGGCUUUAAAAGUGCAGUCGCUACUGGCCAACGACCAUUGCGAGUGACGUUCCGCAGGCUUCCUGUUGCUCGCGGAGCAACAACUGGCGUUCCAGUACAAAAUACCACGUCCAACAUGACGUUUCCUGUGAGCGGAGCUCCUCAGAACAAUGUGCCUGUUCCUCUCGCUCAGGUUUCUUCUGCCAUGAACCAACAAGUUCAACAGCCGAAUGCUUUUCCUCAGGCACCAGCCAUGAAUAACAACGGGGCUUUCGGCAGCCAGCAACCAGGUAGCGGGCUGAUGGCUAGCGUAAAUGCCAGCGGAAACUACCAGAACCCAACUCCUGGACAGUUCCCUGGUAUGGGAGACGGUAUGAAUAUGUUCCCGUUCCCAGCACCAUCGAGCCAGCCGAUGGGAAAUUCGUCGUCGCAGUUCAGCAACCCACCGAUGCCAGGAAACCUGCCCGGAUUUAUGGGUGAUAUGUCGGGCCAGUCUUUCCCCGCUGCACCAAUGGGCGGACAGAACCUCAACACGUUGCCCAACGUCUACAACAUUGCUGCUGGUCCAGGCGCGCAUCCCUUGGGAGGCUGGCAAGGCGCUCCUAACCCAAUGGUGCAGUCGUUUCCACCAAUUCCGGCGCAGAGUGGGAUGAAUAUGAACGGCAGUGGCAAUGUGAUGCCGAUGGAACCGAUGCCUAUUAUGCCUAAUGCAUCAUCAGCAAUGGGCUUUACACCGGCUCCGCCGCCAGCAUCUGGAGCCCCGAACUCCUUCCCGAGCAACAACUCGACUGGAGAGUACGUGAACUUUGUCGCGGGGAAUGAUCCCCAGUUGUCACAGGGAGAUUCUUCACAGGUAAAUUACUAUGAUGCGAACGGCACGACCUACCGUGCGGCUGGAGACUUCGAGAUUGAUACAAAUGUCAACGCGUCGACCGAGCCAACAGGCCCGGAGUCAGCUGAGGCGACUGCAAUGGUGGAUGUUGAUACAGAGCCGGAGUCUCCUUCGAUCUCCCAAGUGACGACGCCAGCGCAGUCAGACACCGACGGAGAGCGUAGCGAAGCGGACAGACAGCGUGAUCGUGCGGAGCAGUUGGCAAGACUGACAUCAGUUUCAAACGCGCUGCAAAGCAACUCGUCGGAAGUGAGUUCGAACUCCACGCCAGCUCCCACUACACAGGUCGAACCCACUUCUGCGGGAACGACUACAUUGUCUGAAAAAGCUGCAGUUGAAGCUUCAUCAACGCCAGCGCCGGAGGCAGUGCCGGAAGGGAAACCGCCUCUCCAGGCUACCAGGUCAUCGCCUCGUGCUCAAACUGGUGGGAAAGAGCUUCGCUUAACGGAAGAGACUGCGUCGAGAAGAUCGUCAAGAGUAUCUCGCAAGAUCACGAACAUUGCGGACAUGUACGACCCAGAUCUCAUUAAGGCUAACUCCAAAGGCGCAGGGAGCGGCAGUGAAGCUGGGAUGGACGAUCCUACGGAUGGAGAGAUCGGCGAGCUGUCGACCGAAUUACUGGAGUGUUUCAGCGCGACGAUCUGCCCGCUGAAGAAGGCCCUUCCACGCUCACUGUUGCUGCUUCGAGCUCAACUGUUAUCGAUGGAGUCCGCAAUUCCACGCGAUGCUUUCCGCUCCGGUCGAUGGGGACGUCCUGUGCGUGCUGCAUGGGCAGAGAUGGUGUACGCAUGCGAGAAAUCGGCCGUUCUGAUGGAAGCAGUCGUGUUCUUGGAGGCUAACAUCGAUCCGGAAUGGCUGGACCCAGGCUGGAAGGCUUCUCCGCUCCCGUCAGCUAAGAACGCGAUCGCUACUGCAACCAUCGCGUCUGCUGCUAUGCGUAUGUACUCACUAGAUGACGCGAUAUCGUAUGGACGAAUGAAACGUGGAGGUAAACGCAAGCAGCGUAACCCAUCGAGUGCCAAUUCCAGCAGACCAGGCUCGCCACAGAAGACUGCCAUUAUCAGCCAGGAGUCCAAGGCAUCGGAACCUGUGACCAACCCGUCAGAGUUGCCGUUCGUGGGUCGUCUGUCUGCUGGACUGGUCGCGCUAGCUAACAAGAUGAUCCACAACAUCUUGGAAGCGCAACGAGAACGGUCGUCUUCGACCUACGCGUACCGCAAGGCAAGAAGCGAAGUGGCUGCCAUCACAUCGCUCACAGACGAUCAAGUGGAGGAGUGGAUUCAAGCGAGCGCGGCCCAUCAAGCCCAGACAGCGUCGGCGUCAGGGCAGCAGAGUGGAUCUGGACGCCACCCGACCCCGAAGAGGAAACAUCCGGGCUCUCAAUCCUCCAGUUCAAGUGGUCAACGUUCUUCUUCCACUAGGAAACGGAGAGCUCAAGGCUCGGGAACUGCAGCUCCGGUCCCAGUCGCGACGCCGCCCGAGACACAAUUUGUGGAGCUGCGUUGCUACCAGAUGAAGACACUACAGCACUGCUUCCCCAUGGGUAGCGCACAGGAUCUGACACUGCGGUCACGUCUGGAACACAUCAUGGAUAUGCUGCUAAGAAACGAGCUGGCACUAGCGUUCUCCGCGCCCGUGAACGUGAAUGAAGUGCCUGGCUACGCGGAUCUGAUCAAAAAUCCGAUGGAUCUAGGUACGAUCAAGUUCCGGUUAAGUCGCGGGUUCUAUGACCAGCGGUUCGAGUUGCUGGUGCACGACGUGAACCUCGUGUGGGAGAACUGCUUCACAUUUAACCGUUUAGAUGCCGACAUUUCCAAGUGCGCGAACCGCCUACGAUCUAUCUUCAAUCGACUAUUUGAGCAGUGGGUUACGAACGUGCCGCCGAACACUCCGGUGACACAUCUGGCGUCGGAGGAAUUAUGUCGACAGUGCGGACAGAUGAACGCCCAGGAGAGUAUGCUGCUGUGCGACAGCUGCGACGCAGCUUACCAUGCUUUCUGUCUACAGCCGCCUUUGUCUUCGAUCCCGCCGGGCAAUUGGUACUGUCCUCGAUGCCCCGUCAAAAAGUUCACCAUGUAG